AGAGAACGCCUCUAUGUCACAUGACGUGAUCUAACAGUAGUGGCUCAGCGUUUUACUGCAAAGGUCUUAGAAACACUUCUGCUACGAGUUAUAGUUUUUCAGUUUUGAUAAUUAAUUUCUUUGAAUGAAAGGGUAGACUUAUACUAAAACAGUAUUUUGUAGAAUACUUGUCUUACAGCUAUAAAUCGCGGAUUUGUGGUGUUUUGCAUAUUUCGGUGCUAGUUAACCACGGUUAGCUCGUUAGCUAACGCCAGCAUGAAUAUGGACAACGUAAAUCAGUCUGUAACAACAGGAGUGCCUUCUACCACAUCGUCAACGGCAAGUAAUUGCAUUGCCAACGAUAAUACGACAACCAACGUGAGCAGCAUCCCGUCGGUCACGAGUAAUGCUUCAUCCUCAUCAGCUGUGGUGACACCGUCUGCAGACACAUCUGUUUCCAAUGGAGUCUAUGUUCCUGGUGGCAUCACUAAUGGAGAUGUGAAGCCUGCUGUUUCCACCACGCCACUGGCUGAUUUCCUCAUGCAGCUGGAAGAGUACACUCCCACGAUUCCUGAUGCAGUCACAGGUUACUACCUCAACCGGGCUGGUUUUGAGGCUUCUGAUCCAAGGAUAAUUCGUCUGAUCUCCCUCGCAUCUCAGAAGUUUAUCUCAGACAUUGCCAAUGAUGCGCUGCAGUACUGCAAAAUGAAAGGCACUGCCUCAGGAAGCUCAAGAAGUAAGACAAAGGAUAAGAAGUACACAUUGACUAUGGAGGACCUGACUCCUGCACUCGCAGAAUAUGGCGUGAAUGUGAAGAAACCUUAUUACUUUACAUAAAACUCUUUCUUUAGAGCUUUUUGCUAUUGCUAGUACUUAUCUUCCUGCUUUCACAGCAGUUUGUGACAACCUGUAUUGCUAUUUUCUUCUCACCUUGAGUUAGUACAACUUUGAGAAAUCUUUGCAGUCAAUUUGCAUUUGGUCAUUUGUUUUGUGGCGCAGUCUUUGCAGUUUGUUAAUUUGUAAAAAUGUUGUUUUAUUGUGAAAAUAAAACCUUUAACAGAAAGAUUUUUCCCACAGAGGUGUCAAAAUUAGUAUAGCUGAUCUUUCUUGUAUGACUUUUGUUCCUCUGCCUUACACUUCAAAAUACUUCAAAUGUAUUUUGCUGGAUUCAGAUCAGGGGCAUACUUUGUCAUAACUUUCUCCCUUUUCUUCUUUAAAACAACUUUGGUAAUUGUUGGUCUGUCUGGGAUCAUUUUCAUUUUGGAAACUUCCCCACUUCCAAAGCUUCUUCAGACUGGGAGCCCUGCUUAAAUAUAUAAAGUUUCAUGUUUAA